CACCCCUCCCGGGAAGGGGCGGGACUGCCGCUCAUCUCCGCGCCGGCGGGAGGCGGCUGGUGCUGCAGCUCAGCCAGCCAUGGCGCUUCGCUUCGCGGUGGCGGGGCAGCGACCAGGUAACCUCCCCGCUGCUCCAGCCCCGGCCUCCCGCGUCCGAGUCUCCGCACCUUAUGGCGCAGGUACCGCCCGCCGCCUCCGCUCGCCCCCUCCUCGGCGUGGUCGGUUAGGGACUCGGGCUGCCGAGAGGGCUCCCCGCCCUCCAACCGCCCUCCAUCUCCCCCGCCAGGCUCCCUCUGACUGCGCCACGCCAUGCCCCUCAGCCUCUUCCGGCGCCUGCUCCUCGCCGCCCUGCUGCUAGCGAUUGUCUGGACCCUCUUCGGGCCCUCGGGCCUCGGGGAGGAGCUGCUGAGCCUCUCGCUGGCCUCCCUGCUCCCCGCACCGGCCUCGCCAGGGCCGCCCCUGGCCCUGCCGCGUCUCCUGAUCCCCAACGAGGACGCCUGCGGAGGCCCCGGCGCCCCUCCCUUCCUGCUCAUCCUGGUGUGCACGGCCCCCGAGAACCUCAACCAGAGAAACGCCAUUCGGGCCUCGUGGGGCGGGCAGCGCGAGGCCCGCGGGCUUAGGGUGCAGACUCUCUUUCUCCUGGGAGAGCCCAGCGGGCGGCACCCCACCGGGGGCUCCCAUGAGAACGACCUGGCACGGGAGGCGGUGGCCCAGGGGGACAUACUGCAGGCGGCCUUCCACGACUCCUACCGCAACCUGACCCUCAAGACGCUCAGCGGGCUGAGCUGGGCGGACAGACACUGCCCCAUGGCCCGCUACGUCCUCAAGACCGACGACGAUGUGUUUGUCAACGUUCCGGAACUGGUGUCGGAGCUGGUCCGGCGAGGGGGCCGUUGGCAGCAAUGGGAGAGGGGCAUGGAGCCCCAGGGAGAGGCUGGGGCUGGAGGUGGAGAGUGGAAAGGAGGCCGCCCCACCCUGGUGAGUCAGCCCCUGCCUCUUUUGUACCUGGGCCGUGUGCACUGGCGGGUGCACCCCUCUCGGACUCCCGGGAGCAAGCACCAAAUAUCGGAGGAGCAGUGGCCUGCCACCUGGGGCCCUUUCCCACCCUAUGCCUCGGGCACUGGGUAUGUGUUGUCAGCUUCCGCUGUGCAGCUCAUCCUCAAAGUGGCCAGCCGGGCCCCCCCUCUGCCACUGGAAGAUGUCUUUGUGGGGGUAAGUGCCCGACGGGGAGGCCUCACCCCAACCCACUGUGUCAAGCUGGCUGGGCUGGACCCCUGGAAGAUGCAGGAAGCCUGGAGGCUGGUGGGCGGCUCUGCUGGGGAAAGGACUGCGCCCUUCUGCUCCUGGCUCCAGGGAGUCCUGGGCAUCCUGCGGUGCCGGGUGAUAGCCUGGCUUCACAGCUGAGGACCCGGGCCAGUGGCGAGGAGUGAGGAGCUGAGGGGCCAGCCAGCUCCCCCACCGUUCUCCCGGGCCCAAGGCAUCUGGCUGCAACUGGACAGUUUCCUGACACCAGACGCUCAGUCCGUCACUGAAGCCUGAAGGACACAGGGGAAACCCAGGGUCUGGCCUGCCAGCCCCAAAGAUGGUCAUCAGGAGAGUAAAGCAAUGCUGCGGUCAUCCCCAUCCAUGGCAGGAGAGGGGCAGGAGCCCCUCAAUAAAUUUAUCUCUCUACUUC